CUGCGUAACUCCCUGCGUACGUGACGCCGCACCACCUCCCUCUUCUCUCCUCCCUUUGUGCAGUUGACAAGCCCCUUCUCGGUCAGGACUGGAACACAGAGAGAUAAUGGCUGUACCUCCCACCUACGUUGACCUUGGAAAGUCUGCCAAGGAUGUUUUCACCAAGGGAUAUGGCUUUGGGCUCAUCAAGCUGGACUUGAAAACAAAGUCUGAGAAUGGAUUGGAGUUCACCAGCACAGGCUCUGCCAACACUGAGACCAGCAAAGUCGCAGGUUCCUUGGAGACCAAAUACAAGUGGGCGGAGCAUGGACUGACCUUCACAGAGAAGUGGAACACCGACAACACCCUGGGGACAGAGAUUACUCUUGAAGACCAGUUGGCUAAGGGGCUGAAGCUGACAUUUGAUUCCUCUUUCUCACCAAACACUGGCAAGAAGAGCGGAAAGAUCAAGACAGCCUACAAGUGUGACCACAUCAACCUCGGCUGUGACGUUAACUACGACAUCAACGGUACCGCCAUUCAUGGAGCAGCAGUGGUGGGCUAUGAGGGCUGGCUGGCUGGCUACCAGAUGACCUUUGAGGCUGGCAGGAACAAGAUCACACAGAGCAACUUCGCUGUUGGAUACAAGACUGACGAGUUCCAGCUCCAUACGAAUGUAAAUGAUGGAACAGAGUUUGGCGGCUCCAUCUACCAGAAGGUGAAUGACCAGCUGGAGACAGCUGUAAACCUCGCCUGGACGGCUGGAAACAGCAACACUCGCUUUGGCAUCGCUGCAAAGUAUCAGAUUGAUCCUGAUGCAUCUUUCUCUGCCAAGGUGAACAACUCCAGCCUUGUGGGCCUGGGCUACACUCAGACUCUUAAACCAGGCAUCAAGCUGACCCUUUCUGCUCUUCUUGAUGGCAAGAACAUCAACGCAGGUGGCCACAAGCUCGGUCUCGGCCUUGAAUUCCAGGCAUAGGAGAGAGAUGAGGCACAAGCCCUUCUUUUCCUCCCAGCACACAUGCAUUCCCACCAAAAAAAAGAAAAAAAAUCCUUAACUGAUUAGUAAGCCCUCACAAAACCUUGUUUCCCCUAGAAAUGCCACAGCUGGAAGCAAGACAACUUAAAGGUCAAAUUAUUCUUGCAAUGAUGUAUUCCACUUUUUAAGGACCACUCAAAGGGAACAUUAUUUUUUCAGAAUACAGAGCCAAUGUUUGGAACAAAACUGCAAUGGAAAGUCUAAUUGUAUAUUGUGUAGCUUAUACGGGAAAGGUAGCGCUGAUUCCGUUGAUGUUGGCCUCACUCUUUGUUGUUUCACUACAUUCUUACAUGAUGCUUUAAUUUUUCUGCUUUCCAAUGCAGAAAAAAGGGAAAAUCAAAUAAGAUCAGCCCAGAAUUCACAGAGGACUUGACACAUUCAACAUACAGUUAAGUAGUUACACCACCAGAUGGUGCUGUUACACUGCAUCAUGAAGCACUCCUGGCUCAAAAGUAGCAGUGGUGAUAUAACUCCUCUUUCCACAUCUCUGCACUUGAGAGCUCUAGUGUCUGUCUUGACAUAUUAUACAGCAGAAAGGCUUAGUUGUCCCUGAUGUAAGCAGCUGUUGGUAGCUCUAAGAGACACUAAGUCCUAAUGUGUGCAUUCUGUGUUUUUGUCUCACUUGUUAUUUGUGUCUGUGCAUAUGGUGUAAAACAUGUCUUUUGUUACAUAUAGCAUAAAGGAUAUUAUUUUAUUGACAGUCUUACAUAGAUUAUUCCACCUGUGAAGUCUUAUGGAGGUGAAGAUCUGUCAGUUUUAAGCAAACAAAAUGAAAACCUUUCGCGCACACAGCUAAACUUCUCUGGAGGAGAGUUACAGAGCUUCUUUAAAGGAGGACGAGGGAAAUCAUGAAUACAGUGGACAGGAAAUGGUAGUCUUCCACAACUGGUUAUGGGAAUCAUGCUUGGUGUAAUUGACAGUAUUGUCAUUCCCUGAAUUAAAUAAAGAACAUCUUGAACCAG